AAUGCACACAAAUACAAGCAUUUGCUUGCAUGUGCGUUGGAGAAGCAUAUGUAAUAUCAUUGCACAACAAAAGUGAUUCAUAUAGGAUUACGAUUCUGUAUUGCAGAUUAACAUCACAAAACAUGAUAAGUAAACAAUUUCUGCUGUUGGUCGGAUUGCUGGCAGCGACGGUUCAAGGGAUGAAAAUGGCGCGGGAAUUGCCUGGCUUCAAAUGCCCGAGUGCCGGUCUCUCGUGCCUCGACUGUGGCACCCUUGUCAUGUGCGUCGGCGACGAAACUCUCACCGCCUACGAGGUCAGAUGCGCUGAGGACCAGGUGUGCGGAGAAACAAGCGGCGUAGCGUCCUGCUUCGCGGAAUCCUCUCCCGAGGCCCAACAGUGCCACUGCGGAGGCGACAGUGGCAAGAAGCCGGACGCCUUUGACAACACUAAAUACAUCAUGUGUCUCCCAGACCAUUCCCAGGUGUCCGUGCCCUGCCCUGAAAACCUCGUCUACAGCCACAAUGAACUCACCUGCGUAGAGCCGCCCACACCUACCACGCCCUACAUGCCCACCUGCGAGCAGGCUGGCUUCUUCCCGCGGCUUCCCGAGUGCACCAGCUACUUCGCCUGCUUCGUCAACAGCACAGGAUCCCUUCAGGCCACAGCUGUCUUCGAGUGUAAUAGUGACCAUCGCUUCGACGAAUCCACCGGCAAGUGUGUUCCAGAAGAAGACCUUCUCCCGCCAGUCUUCCAAUGCGGCGAGGUCGAUGGGCCCGUGGCAGAUACUGUGGAGUGCAAUGCCUUCCAUAUUUGCUUUGCCGGGACAAAGCUCGGCGCCACUCUCUGCUGUGAAGAAGGCAAGAAAUUCGAUCCUGACACCAACAGUUGCUCUGAUGAUGUGGCAGAUGACAAGUGUCCGACGGUGGCUCAGUGCAUCGACAUGUCCACCUACGAGUAUGCAUGUGGAGGUCCGAGCAGCCCUGCUCCAUAACCAGAGCCAGAAGAAGAAGAAUCUGUGUAAUCCUGCCUGGUCUGGACUGUACUGAGGUUUCUGGCAUGUAGAACUCCCGAGCAAGAUUUAUAAUGACUAUCAAAAUAUUUAACUACAUUUAGGAAUAAAGAGAGAAAAAAACAUAGUGGAACUGCGUCACUCACCGAAGGGCGAUGGUCAUUAUAAACGCGUGUUUGAGUCUUAGUAUAUUGAGUUUGGAAUAAAUAUACAAUGCAUGAUAAUAAG